AUGCCUUAUAGCCCUACCAACUCCUUCCCUGACAAGGAGCCUGCGCGUUUCCUGCCAGUGCUCUUCGUGUGUACUAUCAUCUUCGCUCUAUGGGCCAUAUACAACUUUGUCCACAUCUUGCCGCUGCUGCAGCUCGACAGGCCGACAGCUGUACGUCGUGAAAUGGCCCAACGAGGAUGGAUUGAGCUGGUCAUAUUCAACGCCCUCUUCGCCAUGCUACUUGUGUGCUACACUCUAUGUGUUGUUACUACUCCUGGGGAGAUACCAAACACUGAAAACUGGUUGUAUAAUGGAGGAGGAGAAGACGAGCCUGUUGGAGCUGAUCUUUCCGGACUGGAUGCACAAGAAAAGAAGCGGAGUGGGGAGAGGAGACACUGUAAAUGGUGUGGGAAGUUCAAACCCGACAGAUGUCAUCAUUGCCGAGUCUGCAAGAGAUGUGUCUUGAAGAUGGACCACCACUGCCCAUGGAUAUACAAUUGUGUUGGGUUCCGUAACCACAAGUACUUCUUCCUACUACUCUUCUAUGCAACACUCACGGCUCACUUUGUGUGGAUCACUAUGAUCGAAUCGACGCGUUAUGCGGUCGAGGAAGAAGAGCCUUUGGGACGAGUCUUCCUACUGGUAUUCGGCAUGGUCCUCUCAUCUCUCUUCGGGUUACUGUUGACAGUGUUCUUUGCUUUCCACAUAUGGUUGGCAUUCAAGGCGAUGACCACUAUUGAGUACUGCGAGAAGUCUAGCAAGAAACAAGACUAUACUGGGGUGGGCGCAGCCACUUGGAACUUUAUAGAUCUUCGUUGCCAGUCUAUUUAUCAUCGUGGAUGCUACGGCGACUUUGUAGCG